AUUAGUCAACGCUUCUAUUGGUCAAUAAAUGCAACUUUCUAAGAUAAGAGGUAGAUACAUAGUCAACCUUUCUGUCAUAGCUAGUUGCAGAGAAUAUGUAUACCAAAUAAAGCCAGCUAUCUUUUUGCUAACAAAAAGGUAAAAAGGAAACAAAUCCAAGAAACCCCUCUUCCCUCUUUAGUAUAUUUUUCAUUAUCUAUAUUUUCAGUUGUUCAAGAUUACAGAUGAACCAAGAAAAAAAGUAUUUCUUGAUAGCAUCAUUAAACCUUUGUGUUUUCUCAUUCAUCCUGCAAAUAGAUAAAUGUUUUGCUGCUGAUUCACAGUUUGUAGCAUGUUAUCCAAGAAAUUGUACACAUGGUCCAAAAAUAAGUUUUCCAUUUUAUAUUCAAGAUAAGCAAGAAGCUUAUUGUGGGUACCCUGGAUUUGGGCUAAAUUGUAGUGAACAAGGUUUUCCUGUUGUAAAUAUUGCUGGAAAUGAGUAUAUAGUUGAAGAUAUUUCAUAUCAAGAUCAUAUUUUUAAGCUGAAAAAUUCAGUCUUUAACAGUACUAUAAGCAAUGGUUGUGUUUCUGAGAUCAAGAAUGUGUCACUCAAUAAUCUCCCUUUUAAGUUUGUUAAUGAAUCAAGAAUUUACUUGUUGUCAAAGUGUAAUGAAUCUCUACUGGAGCCAUUUUUGAAGUACAAGAUUGGUUGUGGUGACGAACUUGCUAUGUUUGCUAAGGAUGAAAGCUUUGAGGUUGCAUUACAAGUGUGUAAAAAUCAUGUAAUGGUACCAGUAGAAAUGCUUGGAAAUGAGGGAAAUAACCAAAAUAUUGACUAUCAAGUGAUACUGAGAAGGGGAUUUAGAUUGAGCUGGACAGCUAGUAAUUGCAGUGAAUGUGCAGAAAGCGGAGGACGUUGCGGAUUUGAUAUACCAAAUUUUCAAUUCAAAUGUUUCUGCCCUGACAGGCCUCAUUCAGCUAGCUGCAAACCUACCAGGAAAAAUAAAUUGCCAUUGAUUCUUGGCUCAGUUUUAGGUGGAGCAGCGUUAAUAAUCCUCGUGGUCGCUUUGAUUGUUUGUUGUUACAAGAAAGAACACAAAAGUUGUUUAUACUUCACCUCGAAAAACAAAUCUUCUGAUCCUUCCUUAACACAUGACUUCGAUGGAGAUAGUAUUUACCACGGAGUCUCGGUCUUCUCCUAUGCGGAACUUGAAGAAGCUACUAGUAACUUUGAUUCGUCCAAUGAACUAGGAGAUGGAGGUUUUGGUGCUGUUUACUAUGGUAAACUUAAGGACGGGAGAGAAGUUGCAGUGAAGCGACUUUACGAGCACAACUGCAAGAGAAUGGAGCAGUUUAAAAACGAAAUCGAAAUUCUCACUCGGCUAAGGCACCGAAAUCUUGUUACCCUUUAUGGUUGCACGUCAAAGCACAGCCGUGAACUCCUCCUUGUUUAUGAAUACAUUCCAAAUGGAACAGUGGCAGAUCACCUGAACGGGGAUAGAGCCAAGGACGGAUUCCUUGCUUGGCCCGUCCGCAUGAAUAUUGCUAUAGAAACCGCUAGUGCAUUGGCUUAUCUCCAUGCUUCUGACAUAAUACAUCGCGAUGUAAAGACUAGCAACAUACUCCUCGAUGGAAAUUGUUGUGUCAAAGUUGCGGAUUUCGGGCUUUCAAGACUUUUUCCGAAUGAUGCUACUCACGUCUCGACUGCUCCUCAGGGGACAGCUGGAUAUGUUGAUCCGGAAUAUCAUGAAUGUUACCAGCUCACUGAUAAAAGUGAUGUUUAUAGUUUCGGUGUUGUCCUUGUAGAACUUAUCUCAUCAAUGCCAGCUGUUGAUAUUACUAGGCGUCGAUCGGAGAUCAAUUUGGCCAACUUGGCGAUAAACAGGAUUCAAAGAUGCGCAUUCAAUGAGUUGAUCGAUCCGUGUUUGGGAUUUAAAUCGGAUACACAAGUUAUGAGAAUGACUACUUCAGUAGCAGAGUUAGCAUUUCGAUGCUUGCAGCUUGAGACGGACUUGAGACCUACAAUGGAUGAAGUAUUAGAGACACUAAAACAUAUUCAAGGUGACUAUACAGAUCACACCAAAGAUGAGAAGACGAAGGACGAAAUUGUCGAAAAGGCCCCUACUUCUCCUAAAUCAGAUAAAGUAGUUUUGUUAAACAAAAUGCAAUUGCCACCUUCACCUAUUUCUGUAACUGAGAGGUGGGUUAGUAGCUGCGGCAGUAGUAAUAUUAGCGGGUGAAAUUCUUACACGUUUUUUCUUUCCUUUCAACGUACAUAUUAUUAAUAUGUAUUCAUUCAUAUAUAAAGGAAUAAGUUGCUGAGGCC